AUGGAAGACACAGGAAGACGUUUAUUGAAAUUUAAAGGAUAUUAUUUUAAACGUGUUGGACUUGAUGUUGACUUUUUAGAAAAUUUAGAUGAUUUUGAAAUCAGAGAUGAUGAUGAUGUCUUCAUAAUCACAUACCCCAAAUCUGGAACCAUCUGGUCUCAGCAGUUGUUGAGCUUGAUUUAUUUUGAAGAACAUGGCAAAAGAACUGAAAAUCUGGAAACAGUUGAUCGUGUGCCCUUUCUUGAGUACAAUUUUCAAAACAUAGACUUUAGUGCAAGACCAUCUCCUCAUCUAUUCUCUACUCACCUCCCACACUACUUGGUUCCAAGAGGACUGAAGAACAAAAAAGCCAAAGUCAUUUACAUAUACAGAAACCCUAAGGAUGUUAUGUGCUUAUAUUUUCAUUUUUCACACAAGUGGGCAGAAAAUGAAGCUACAACUACAAUUGAGGAAUUCAUGGAACUAUUUCUAGAAGGAAAAGUGACAGGAAGUCUUUGGUUUGACCAUAUCAAAAGUUGGUAUGAGCACAGAAGCCACUUCCAUAUUCACUUCAUGAUGGAUGAGGACAUGAAGAAGGAUCUCAGAAAUUCUGUGUUGAAAGUCUGCAAAUUUCUGGGGAAAGAACUGAAUGAGGAGGUCCUGGAUGCUGUUGUGAGACAGGCCACAUUUCAGAACAUGAAGUAUGACCCACUAGCAAAUUAUGAAAAUAUACUAAACAGCCAACCUGGGCAAAAGAAAAAGAAGGCCCUUUUCCUUUGCAAAGGUACAAUUGGAGACUGGAAAAAUCACAUGACUGUGGAGCAGAAUGAAAGGUUUGAAAAGAUUUUCCAAAUUAAGACGAAAGAUUUUCCCUUGGAGUUCAUCUGGGAUAUAAAUGAAGAAUAG